CCAAUUCUCUCCCAUUUCUAUCGCUUUUUCCUAUUCUCGGCUACGGUCUCAAAUUUAAGGUUUCCAUCAAAAUUUUCGUCUACGACGAAAAAUGAUGUUCUCGAGCCAGCAUGAUAGCGGAUUAACGCAGUCUCAAUCUACACAAACCCUAGAUUCUGGCUCCAACAAAAAUCGCCCAGUUCAGCCAGUGCUCCCGCUGACAGUGAAGCAGAUCAGCGAAGCUUACAAUUCCACUGAUGAUAAGUCCAAUCUCGUGAUCGAUGGCGUUGACGCCACCAAUGUGAAGUUACUAGGGAUGGUGAUGAGCAAGGAGGAGAAGAAUACAAAUGUGACCUUCUCUCUUGAUGAUGGCACUGGGCGCAUCGAUAUCAUCAGAUGGGUGAAUGAUGCUUCAGAUUCUAGUGAAAUGGCUGCUGUUCAGAAUGGUAUAUAUGUUACGGUCAUUGGUUCUUUGAAAGAAUUUCAGGGCAAAAGGCAAUUUGGUGCCUUCUCUGUCCGGCCUGUGGUCGAUUAUAAUGCCAUCCACCACCACUUCGUUCAGUGCAUUCACGUACAUCUAGUGAAUACUGGAGCAAAGGUUGGAGCCUCUACUCAGCAGCAGACAACUGCAGCCAAUUCAUCACCUAUUUUGGGUGCAGUAAAAAAAGAGCAAACUCCAGUGCCUAGUCAAGUCUCUGCGCAUACAAGCAGUGGUGGAUCUGAGACUGACAUCUACAAACUGGUCCUGGAUGUUUUCCAGGAGCCAGCAAACCUUGAGAGCGAUCAUGGAGUUCAUGUGGAUGAAGUCGUGAAACGACUAAACUUACCAGAGAAGAAGAUCAAGGAAGCUAUUGACUAUCAUGUAGAUGUCGGGCAUAUUUAUUCUACAAUUGAUGACCACCACUUCAAGUCAACUUAAUGUGUUAGUCUACUUAGUAGUGAGUUGUCAUCUUUCCAUCAAAGUAUGAUCAGAUGACCAAAGAAGCAACAAUGGCAGUAUUCGUGUUCUUUAAUUAUUCCUUUCAGAAGAAUGCCUCCCGUGUUGAAAUUUGUUGAUUAAUGGUUUAAAAGCAUCAUUUUGUGAAGUCUGUUUAUAGGUUUCAGUUUACUUUGUAGCUCUACCGAUAUCUUAAGUUAAUUGCGUGGUCCAGUAUUCAUAUUAUUGUAUGACAAUCUCAGUGAAUAGUGUAGCAGAUUAUGUUGGUCCUUUCUUUGACUUGUGAGACAAGCUAAUUUCAAUGAUUUCAUUGUUGUGGUU